UGCGCCCACACCCAGCCAGCAGACACAUGGGAGGGAAUCAUUUAGACCUGUUACAUGCAACGAGCUUAUAUGUGUUUGUAAAGACGAUCUUUAAAUCCAGAAAUCUGGGUAAAUUGUGAUGCAUGUGCGGCGCGCGCCGUCUCGGGGGUGUGGUGAUGCUCGUGCUGUGAACUCACGCGAGCGCGGGCGCUGAAUACUAGAGCACUCCGAGCGACGCACGGACACUGAGCACCGGAGAACCGACGACAUGGCUUCGUCUCAGGGGAAGAGCGAGCACCGUUAUGCGGACUGGAUGUCAAGUUUACCGGAUACCUUGCACGGUAUUCCUCUUACCAACCUCGCCAUACCGGGUUCCCACGACUCUUUUAGUUUUUACAUCGACGAAGCCUCACCAGUUGGACCGGAGCAGCCGGAUACAGUGCAGAACUUUGUCUCUGUGUUUGGCACUGUGGCCAAGAAGCUGAUGAGGAAGUGGUUGGCGACACAGACCAUGAACUUCACCAGCCAGCUGGAGGCAGGCAUCCGCUUCUUUGACCUCCGCAUAUCCACCAAACCCAGAGACCCCGACAACGAGCUCUUCUUUGCACACGGCCUGUUCAGCGCCACUGUACGUGAAGGCCUGGAGCAGAUCAGCACCUUCCUGGCCUCCCAUGCUCGCGAGGUCGUGUUCCUGGACUUCAACCACUUCUACGGCGUACAGAACCUCCAUCACGAGAAACUGGUCCAGAUGUUGCGCACCAUCUUUGGAGACCGACUCUGUCCGGUAGUGUUUGCUCAAGAGGUAAGCCUGAAGUACCUCUGGGAGAAAGAGUUUCAAGUGUUGGUCUUCUAUCACAAUCCAAUGGCUCUGGAGGUUCCUUUCCUGUGGCCGGGUCAGAUGAUGCCCUCUCCUUGGGCCAAUACCACAGAUCCUGAGAAGCUCAUUCAGUUCCUUCAAGCCUCAGUAAAGGAUCGGAGACGCAAGGGCACCUUUUUUGUGUCGCAGGUGGUUCUCACUCCCAAAGCAAGCACCGUCAUGAAGGGUGUCACCAGCGGUCUGAGGGAGACCAUCACAGAGAGGGCUCUUCCUAGCAUGAUGCAGUGGGUCCGCUCUCAGCGACCCGGGGAAAGUGGAGUAAACAUCAUCACAGCCGAUUUUGUGGAGCUGGGGGAAUUUAUCAGCGCUGUUAUCACCCUCAACUACUACCUGGAUGAUGAGGACGAGAACGACACCUGAACCUCCAGAUUUCCCACAUAACCUGUGGUAUCAAUUACUUGCUCCCUCUCCUCUUUGCCAUAUUUUUAUGUUUUAUUUAUUUAUUUAUUUUGGGGGAUGGAUCAUAGAAGCUCUGUUGGUCUGACAUUUGUAGGACCAAUGAAAGCAUGAGAAUGAGCAUAGAGACCAGACACAGUCAGGUCGAAUAAAUUCAGGGUUGUCUGAGGAUGAAUGGGGGUAGAAGGUGAUUUCAUUUCUUUCUGGGUGAAAAAGGUGACUGGCCUUUUCCAAUGUUUCUCUGCUUCCUAUCUGUUGGACUACUAGUUACUGAUUCAAAUGAUUGAAACCUUGAUAAGUUUCCCAAAUUCUGCUUCUGAUGAAAGUAACAGUAACAUUAACUCAUUUCAUGGGAAUAAAUAUUGUUUGUACAGUGAAUGUGAUGCUGAAUCUAUAGUAGGUUUAUUUCUAGUGGUCAUAGUAACUUGUAAGAUUGUCGAGUUGUAAAUACUUGUAAACCUAUUGAAUUGUAACUUUGCUCACUAUUAAUCAUGCCCGAACAUACAUCAAGAGUAGAGGCUACGUUCGGGGCCUCGAUCUGGUCUUAAUGUUGAAGAAGUGAACUAUUAGAUGUUUGUACUCACAACCAAAAAUUGCAAAUGUAUGUAACAGCAUUUUUGCCUUUCUGCCAUUAUAAACACUAAUAAGUGAGGCUUUGUAUCUACAUUUUUGUAGUUGUCUUUCACGUUAUCAAACAUAUGGAAGCUUGUUUCCUCCACUGAAUAAAAAUUGAAAAAGGUAAUUGCGGCUUUUUAUCUCACAAUUCUGAUAUUUUUCUCGCAAUUUUGACUUUUUUCUCAGAAUUGCGUGAUAG